AUGCCUUUUGUUUUCUUGGCCCUGUCUCGCUGCCCUCGAAAAGAGGAGGCAGCCGUGUUCCAUUUCAGUGUUUCGCUGAUCCGUAAGCCGCGGUCUCACCCAGAAAUGUUGGCCGCCAUUCUCUCUUCAUUUUCGCUCGAACGAGUCCGGCUGCUCCGACUACUAGCCACGCUGUACCAACGAUCGCUCCCGAACAAAGUUUUGGUGGCUUUCGGAGUGUUUCUCUCUCUGCUACUGCUGCUGAUGCAGUUCCGCUUCCGCUUCCGCUGUAUGCUUUUUGCUUACUGUCUCGUCUGCCCCCCUCUCCUCGUCGGCUGGUAG